CUGGUAGGGCGAAAUCAGUUUGGCAUAUAAAUGCAAUUCCCGCUUUCCUAUCAUAUAUGUAAAUUUUGUGCAUUAUCACUUUUGAUAGUAUUUCAUCACCUCAUCGCUUUCACUGAUCACUGAAGAAUGAUUUCUUCACCGAUUAGAAAUGCCCUCCUCUUUUUCACAGUGUCGAUUUCAAUAACUUAUGGACAUAUACAUUCAUUUUAUGAUGACAAUGAUGUAGGCGAAUAUGAUACACGUAGUCUAUACGACGCUAAUUAUCAUGACCAUUGGGAUAGUUUCAGUCACUAUGAUUAUGAAAACUAUGAUAGUCAAAAUCCGGUAUAUUACGACUCUGAGUCUACAGAAAAUACUGACGAUCAAAAUGGGAUGAAUGACCUCAAUGAUGACAGCGGAGAGACUACUGGUACUCAACAGGAAAUCGGCGAAGAUAUGACUAACCCUAAGGAUAACUAUGACAGUUCUAAUUUUAAUAGUUUCGCUUACGACGAAGAUGACUCAAUUUAGAGUGGAUUACAAGAUGACGCUGAUUUAAGUGGUAUCUUCAUUUUAAGAAAUUAUAUCGGACAUUUUGCAUAAUUUCUGUUUUUAUAAUUAUUUAAUAAAAUACACAUUAAUUCA